AUGGCGUCGUCGUUGUCGUCGACUACCUUUGAAACAUUGCCCGAUGAAAUUUUAAUGAUAAUUUUGCGAUAUUCUGGCAAUGUUUAUACUAUAUUUCGAACAUUUUCUGGUUUGAAUCAACGCCUGAACAAUAUUCUUGUAGAUCGACAUUUGCAUCUAUUCACAGAUUUCUUAUACAUGAAUAUCGGCGAUACAAGUGUGGACGAAUAUUACAAUUCUGUCGUGUUCCACGAUGUAUCUCAACAGUUAUCAUCUCUUAAAACAACAAAAAAUGAUCAACAACUUCGUCAAUGUCUUCAAUCAUUAGUGACAUUUCAUGUUAAACAAAUGUUCAAUCGAUCAAAAGAUCAACUUCAAUCAAAUAUAGAACAAUUUCAAUCUAUUCGUAAACAUCUCAGUGAUACUGAGAUCGAUGAUCUUGACAAAAAAUUAGAAAAAACUUUCAUGGGUUUAAACGAAUAUUUUCAACUCAGCAAGAACAUCAAACGAAUUGAAUUUCUUGUUCUUGUCAAAGGUGCUCGCCUUAAGUGUGAUGACAGCGAUCAAGUGGAAUUUAAUUUUGCCAAAGCAGUACAUCGAUUAUUACUUGCGAACAUUAACUCUACUCAAUCUGUCACUCAUCGAUUUUCUAAUUCUCUCGUUCGAAUGUUUAAAAUCCUCUUAAUUUCAAAUCCGGAUCUUCUAAAGAAUCGAGAAUACAAUGGAUAUGGCGCUGCUACUCUAGACUAUUUAUUAUUCUAUGCAAUCUAUCAUUUACAAUACAUUUAUGCUCAGAGUUCACAUGCUCGUAUCAAUAUUCAAUGCUAUCAAGCAGUGGUCAAUUUCCUUCUCUUUGUUAUACAAUGUCUGAAACAUAUAUCCAUCGAAAAUUUUCGGAUAAUAAAUAGUUUUUCGAAAAUAUUAAAAAUGCUCAUGCCGGCUCAACUAAAUCCCGAUCAAGAAAUAUUUAUUCACACGAGCCAACUUGAAAUAUUAAAAAUUAUGAUGAAUGAAAAUAUUCUAACCGAAACAGAGGAAUGGGACGAUGAUGAUAGUCUUCUACUUCAACAAGUUCUAAUUCAUUUAAUCAAGAUCGAGCGACUCGAAAUGAUCUUAUUCAUCUAUCAUCACAGUCAACAUUUAUUUCAAAAUUCAUGGGAUAAUCGAAGAUUGGUCAGUGAUAUGACUGGAAAUCUCAAAAGACGACAAUUAUUCCAUAGACUUCUGGAUGACAAAUCAUUCGGAAUGUGGUUGGCAAGUACAGAUCUAUUGUUUGUUCUAUUGCAAAAGAAAGAAUGCAAAUUUGUGAAAAAAAUAAUUAAAUUAGCACCACUACUUGUUCAUCAAUUCGAUAAAGAUGAUAAUGAUCCGUUACUUUAUGUCUGUCUCAAGGUACGUGGUUGUCGACAUCGUCUGGUUGAAUUUUUAAUCAAAAUGGGAUGUAAUUUACAAAUAAGAAAUUCAAAUAACCAAAAUUUUAUCGAUGCACUUCAAUUGAAAAGAAAUAAAAAAUUGUUAGAAAAUUUAAUCCAACGAGAAACUAUUCAAAUUGAUCAUGUUUCUGGAGAGAUGGCCGUCGCGUUGGCUAAUCGAUCGUAA